GAUUAGGUUUAUGCAGUCAAGUAGCUGAGGAAGGAGCGCCCUUAGGGCGAUUGCACAGAGGGAGGGACUGGGGUGAGGUUUGGUGUAGAGGAUACUCUACUAGGUAUUUGAGGUGGAAGUGAAGAACCUGUAGACUAUAUCCCAGCUGUGCAGCAGAAAGGACGUCCAGGUGUUAAGCAUUUCCUGACUUCACUAAGCAUUGUUGCAUACAAGAUGAAGAUGUGGCUUUUGAUCAGUUACCUAAUUACAAUGUGCUUUAUAUCCUGUCUAGCAGUUGCAGAAGAUGGCAAAGGAUUUGGGCCAAUUUUUGAAGAGCAACCAAUUGAUACCAUUUAUCCAGAAGAAUCGCCAGAUGGAAAAGUAUCCUUGAACUGCCGGGCCCGAGCUAGCCCCUUUCCUGUUUACAAAUGGAGAAUGAAUAACUGGGAUAUUGAUCUGACAAAUGAUCGCUACAGCAUGGUAGGAGGCAACCUGGUAAUCAACAACCCUGACAAAUUGAGAGAUGCUGGAAAGUAUUUCUGCUUAGCUUCAAAUAUCUAUGGAAUGGUUAGAAGCACUGAAGCAACUCUAAGUUUUGGGUAUCUUGAUCCUUUUCCACCAGAGGAACGAGCUGAAGUAAAAGUGAAGGAGGGGAUAGGCCUUGUUCUUCUGUGUGAUCCUCCUUACCACUUUCCAGAUGAUCUUAGUUAUCGUUGGCUUCUAAAUGAGUUUCCUAUAUUCAUUACAAUGGACAAACGACGAUAUGUAUCUCAGACGAAUGGAAAUCUAUAUAUUGCAAAUGUAGAGGGAUCUGAUAGAGGCAAUUAUUCGUGCUUUGUAUCAAGUCCUUCAAUUACAAAGAGUGUUUUCAGCAAAUUUAUCCCACUCAUUCCUCUUUCUGACCGCACAACAAAGCUGUAUCCUGCUGAUAUCAAAGUCCAAUUCAAGGACACAUAUACACUGAUGGGCCAUAAUGUAACAUUAGAGUGUUUUGCCCUUGGAAACCCUGUUCCUGAGAUCCGGUGGAGAAAAGUUCUGGAACCAAUGCCAAGCACAGCUGAGAUUAGUAUGUCUGGGGCAGUUCUUAAGAUUUUCAACAUUCAGCUUGAAGAUGAAGGAACUUAUGAAUGUGAAGCUGAGAACAUCAGAGGAAAAGAUAGACAUCAGGCAAGAAUUUAUGUCCAAGCAUUUCCUGAAUGGGUAGAACAUAUCAAUGACACAGAAGCAGAUAUAGGCAGUGAUCUAUACUGGCCUUGUGUGGCUACAGGCAAACCUAUCCCUACAAUCAGAUGGUUGAGAAAUGGAUAUGCGUACCAUAAAGGUGAACUGAGACUAUAUGGAUUGACCUUUGAUAAUGCUGGAAUGUACCAAUGUAUAGCUGAAAAUGCCCAUGGAGCUAUAUAUGCAAAUGCUGAGCUCAAGAUUCUAGCUAUGGCUCCCACCUUUGAAAUGAAUCCUAUGAAGAAGAAGACCCUGGCAGCUAAAGGAGGACGAGUUUUAAUUGAAUGCAAGCCUAAGGCUGCACCUAAACCAAAAUUUUCAUGGAGUAAAGGAACAGAAUGGCUUGUCAAUAGUACUCGAAUUCUAAUUUGGGAUGAUGGUAGCCUUGAAAUAAGGAACAUCACAAGGGCUGAUGAAGGCACUUACACAUGCUUUGCAGAAAAUAACCGAGGAAAAGCUAAUAAUACUGGAAUUCUAUUAAUCACAGAUGCCACAAGGAUUACUUUACCACCAGCUAAUGCUGAUGUCACUGUGGGAGAGAAUGCUACCAUGCAGUGUUCUGCGUCCCAUGAUCCUGCGCUGGACCUCACAUUUAUUUGGUCUUUGAAUGGAUAUGUGAUUGACUUUAACAAAGAAAAUAGUCAUUACAUGAGGAAUUUUAUGAUAGAUUCUAAUGGUGACUUGCUUAUUAAAAAUGCCCAGCUGAAACACGCUGGACGUUAUACUUGCACUGCUCAGACAAUUGUGGAUAAUUCUUCUGCUUCAGCUGACCUUGUUGUUAGAGGCCCACCAGGCCCACCAGGAGGUGUGAGAAUAGAAGACAUUAGAGAUACUUCUGUAGCACUCACGUGGAGCCGUGGCUCAGAUAAUCAUAGUCCAAUAUCUAAAUAUUCUAUUCAGACCAAAACUAUUCUUUCUGAUGACUGGAAAGAUGCCAAAACAGAUCCACCAAAUAUUGAAGGGAAUAUGGAAUCAGCAAGGGCAGUAGACCUAAUCCCAUGGAUGGAGUAUGAAUUCCGGGUAGUAGCAACCAAUAUCUUGGGAACGGGAGAGCCCAGUCUACCAUCGAACAGAAUCAAAACAGAGGGUGCUGCACCUAAUGUGGCUCCUUCAGAUGUAGGAGGAGGAGGUGGAAGCAACCGUGAAUUGACAAUAACAUGGGUGCCACUGUCACGAGAAUACCACUAUGGCAAUAAUUUUGGGUACAUAGUGGCCUUCAAGCCAUUUGGUGGGAAAGAGUGGAAAAAAGUAACAGUUACUAAUCCAGAUAUUGGCCGGUAUGUUCAUAAAGAUGAAACCAUGUCCCCUUCCACUGAGUUUCAAGUCAAAGUCAAAGCCUUUAACAACAAAGGAGAUGGGCCAUUCAGUCUUACAGCAGUCAUUUAUUCUGCACAAGAUGCACCUAGUGAAGCUCCUACAGAUGUGAGCAUAAAAGUCCUAUCUUCUUCUGAAAUCUCAGUUUCUUGGAAACAUGUUUUAGAAAAAACAGUGGAGGGCUAUCAGAUUCGUUAUUGGGCUGCACAGGAUAAGGAAGCAGCUGCACAGAGAGUUCAAGUCAGCAGUCAGGAUUAUUCUGCCAAACUGGAAAAUUUGCUACCUGAUAUGCAGUAUUCUGUGGAGGUUAGGGCCUAUAACAGUGCAGGAUAUGGGCCCCCCAGUGAUGUGGUUGAUGUCUAUACAAGGAAAGCACCCCCAAGUCAACCUCCAAGGAUUAUUAGUUCAGUAAGAUCUGGUUCAAGGUACAUUAUCACGUGGGACCAUGUCAGAGCAAUGUCAAAUGAAUCUACAGUAACAGGAUAUAAAGUGCUCUACAGACCUGAUGGUGAACAUGAGGGCAAGUUAUUUUCAACUCAUAAACAUUCAAUAGAGGUCCCAAUCCCCAGAGAUGGAGAGUAUAUUGUGGAGGUUCGAGCACACAGUGAUGGAGGAGAUGGAGUGGUAUCACAAAUUAAAAUUUCAGGUGCGUCUGAAGUUUCACCUAGUCUCUUUGGCUUACUGCUGCCUGCCUUUGGCAUCAUAGCUUUUUGGGAAUUCUGAUUGUAGCUGGAUAUAUCUGCUAUCAAUGCACAGCUGUGAAUGCUCUUCAAAUCUUUAAGGACUACCAUUCUUUCUGAUUCCUGUGGCACUAUCCUAAGCCAAAUCAAUUAUACUUUUAAAAUGUUACCCUGCUGGGUUACAGUAAAUUUGAGGACUGAAAGUAAAUUUGAGGCAACCAGGAACCCCUUCAUCUAAUGAAUACUCUUUGGGAUGUAUACAAAGUGAUUUUUAACUUGUUACAAUAUGCCUUAUAAAACUCUUAAACUGAUCUGUGACAGUUGCAUGAUUUGGUCAAUAGAGCAAAUUAAGUGUUAACAUCCACUAAUAUAGAUUGUACAGUAAAAGUAAAAUCACCACCCAAAGGUGCUUUAAUAACAAGUUGUGAACUAGAGAUUGAAACAUUGAUUUAUGUGAUAAAUAUAAGAAUAACUUGGUCUGUUUGUACUCUCCUAUAUGUUUUGUGUCAUAUGUAUUUUGGAAUGGCCACUAUGCUCUGUUUUUAGAGGUACAGUCAAAGCAAAAACAUUGAAUUCAUCUUAAAGAGCUUUCCCCACCCUGGAAAUAAAUACACAUAUCUGAAGUAUUUUGAAAGCAGUCUGGUUAUAAAGGUUUUUCAAUGAAAGAAUUCAAACAAUUUUGUUUUAAAUAUUUAAAUCUCCACUUGAAAUAUCCUGAAGCUUAGUAUGUACAUUUGAAUUGUCUAAUAGUACUGGAUUUUUAAAAAUAGAGUGGUUUUCUAAAUUAAUAAUAAUUUAGUUUUUUGUUAUACUGAUAUGAAUAUAAAUUCUAUUUGCAAGUUAUUUUAUGAAACCUCGAUUUCAGUCAUCAAAAAAUCUAUUUUUAGCUAAAAUUUUAAUUAGCCUUUUCAUUCUGAUUCUGAAUUACUAAAUACAUCCAUUCAUUUUUUUAAAGAUGUGAAAGAGGCCUGGAAAUGAAUAAUUGUACACAUUAGAAGCACAAAAAGGAACCAGGUUAAUAAUAAUGUCUUUUUUCCUUCAUUCCCAAGUAUUACCUAGUAAUACCAAGUAUUUAGUCAAGGUAUGGAAUUAGGCAAUUAGCUUUGGGUGUGAUAAAAUUUUAAUAGUCUCUAAGAUGAUUUCUAAGAAUAUUUCCCCUUUGAUGGAAUAUUGGAAAAAAAGAAACAACAGCAUGGCAAUACUUGUUUUUGUUUUUAUUUCUUAAGAACAAAUGAACUUGAACAUCUGGCAGAAGCCAAGAAUGUAUAUGUUCUGACUGUGUCUCUCAAGAGUUUUUCUUAAUUUAUCUGGGUAGGCUAUAUUGAGUGUGAAUAUAGAAGAAACUAAUAAUGAAUCAAGUUUUUCCAGUAGUAGUGCUGAAAGAACAAUAUGCUCUGAAUCAUAUUUUACUAGCAUAUCCUUGCUAGCUAAUUAAACAUAGAGUUUAUCUUUUUAGGCUAUGUUAGAGAAUCAUUAAAAAUCUUUAUAAGAAGUGAGAUUAGAUCUAUUACUACUUUACACCCCUUUCUUUAAAUUGUAUAAUUUUUGUACAAUAUAUUUAAAUGUAAGUGUUAGAAUCUUCAUUAUAAAAAUAGUAAUCUUGCAUUCAUUUGCUUCUAAGUGUUGUUAGAGACUUUUUAAAAAAUAGGUGAAAUGGAUAAUUUCCCACAGAAAGUUUCACAAAAUACAAAUUGGUGGGGAGAGAAAAACAUCUCUGUAUCUAAGAAAAAUUAAUACUCUGUUAGCCUUUUGCACAUGUGCAAUUUUUUAUUUCUCUCUGGGUUUUCUUUUUGCAAUGUGACCCAUUUGGACAUUUUUAUAUAAUCAACAGCACAUUCUUUUGUUUAAUACAUGCUUGCCUUUUCCUAUCCUGAUAUAUGAAGGUAAGGAGCAAACCUGUUUAGGUUUUCUGGGGGUUUUUUGCAUGGAGUGAUUGUAAAAGGUAAAAGAAAAAAAGAAUUUAGGGAUAAAAAAACGAUUAUAAAGUUCAUAACUAGUUCAUAAUAGCUCAUCCAAUGAUUAUGUAACUUUGCUUUCUUAUUGUUUCACAAAAUUAUACCACUUUAAACCAUUGCCAACCAAACUAAUGUGUUAUCAGUUUUAAGACACAGUUCUUAAUUAAAGUUUAUAUAGAUAUAGACAUGUUUGUUGUUUCUUUAUAUUUCAGGAAAGAUGAUAUACAUAGUUUUAUUUGAUAAUGAGGAUGCUUGAAUAUUUUUUUUAGUUAUUUUUUAUCAUUUUUUCAAUGCAGUAGAGAUUAAGACUGUGCUUUGUCCUUUCUAUGAAUGAAAAAUAAAUUAUAAUGAAAUAAAUGUAUCAUUGUUACCCAA